AUGGCGGAGGAGAAGAUAACCCAACAAUCCGUCGAGGACAAUGCUAUACAGCAUGUUGAGAGCCGGGGUCCAGAGAAACCAGGUCAGGUCGCGUUGAAAUCGCAAAACGACAAUCUAGGGCUGUGGGCUACGGUCGUCAAGUUUCGCAGGGCUGUCAUUGUCUGCAACCUCUUGUGUAUCGCAGCCGCCGCGGAUGGAUACCAGAUUAAUCUCAAUGGAAACAUUAUUGCAAACGAGGGCUUCACUCACCACCUUGGCUUCCGGAACAGCGAGGGUAAAAUGACUCUCAACGCAAACCACACUGCCCUCUGGGGCGCAAUGCAGUCCCUCGGCCAGCUCGUUGGGAUGAUCGGCCUGAAUCCCAUCUCGGACCGGAUCGGGCGCAAGAUGACCUUGUACGCCUUGUGGAUUAUCCUGGCCGGAUCACUCAUCAUCGAGACCAUUGUCCGUGACUGGAGGGACUGGGCAGGCGCAAAGCUCCUGGCGGGAAUGGGCAUCGGCGCAAUCCAGGCGACGCUUCCAGUCUACAUCAUGGAAUGGGCGCCGGUCAACAUCCGCGGCGCCUUGAUUGUCGCGUACGGAUUCUGGAACACGAUUGGGAAGUUCCUUGCCAACCUCGUCCUUAUGAUCGUGCAGGAGAGCAAUCCGAUGAGCUACAAAAUUCCGAUUCUGACGCAGUGGGGAUUCCUCGGUAUCAUGCUGCCGAUCUUUGUCUUCUUACCUGAAACGCCCGCAUACUUCGCCGAAAGGGGGCAGGAUGAGCGAGGCAUCAAGACUCUUGCACGCGUUAAUGGUGGUGUCGAGGGCUAUGAUGUUGAGGCCGAGUAUGCCAUCAUAAAGAACACGAUCAUGGAAGAACGGCAGGCUCGCCAGGAGUUUGGGCAGGAGAAUAUGACCUUGUCGAGUCUCCUCCACUCCUACAUGGCCUGCUUCAAUCGACAGAACGUUCGCCGGACGCUGGGAUCCUGUCUACCCGGCUGCGCUCAGCAGCUGGCGGGUCUGUCGUUUCUCAACACAUACGCCAGUCUGUUCUUCAAGCAGAGCGGGUUCGACAACGCCUUUCUCAUCACCACUGUCCUCUGCUCCAUCCAGCUCGCAACCUCAAUCGCCCUCAUGCUCUUCAACGACAAAUUCGGCCGUCGCGAUCUCGUCUUUGGGGCGACGAUCGUGUGCACCGUGACUCUCCUCAUAGUUGGAAUCCUAGCUUUUGUGGAUCAGACACAACCACUCAAGAACUUCCUCAUCUUCGUUGCCUGCGCCUGGUCGUUCGCAAACACAACUGUCGGCAGCCUCGGCUACGCCUUCACAGGCGAAGUUGCCUCACAGCGGCUGCGCGCCCGAACAGCCGGAAUCGCAUCGGGCCUGUCCGUCGUCUUCGGGCUUACAUUCAACACAUCGGUCCCGAUUAUCUUGGACGUCAAUGGCGUAAACUGGGGCUACAAAACCGCGUGGCUCUUCUUCGCGACGGGCGUCUGCGUCUGCGUCCUCCUGUACUUUUUCCUGCCGGAAUGUUCGCGGCGCAAUGCGGCGGAGAUCGACGAGAUGUACGAGAAGGGGGUUCCGGCGUGGAAGAUGCACACGUAUGUGACGGAUGUGCAGUCGAGGGUUCAGGUUUAUACUUGA